CCCUUCUUUCUUUUGUUGUUUAGAAAAAGGUUCUCACCCCUUGAGAUCUUCCACUUGAUGCAAUUCGGUAUCUGAACCUUAAGUCUAAACCAGACGCCAGAAGAGUCACGACAACCAGCUCGAUCCUGCCAUGGCUGGCCGCUCAUCCGAUCCGCCCAGGACUGACGACGGCCUCCACGAUGUUCGGGACUUGGGUCAGCGUCAACUCCCCAGAGUCCGAAUCAAGGUGGAAACUACGAAUGUGGCGGGAGAGACCUGGAGCUGCGAUAUCAGCUUUGAGAAUCCGCAGCCUGUACACAAUGAUCUGAUUCAGGAACUUCGCAGCCUCACCACAAAGUUGCUCAAGAUGGAGACCAUCCGCAACAUCAAGCGUGUUGCCAUCGUGGAGGAUGAUGACCACCACACCGCUGGUAGGGGUGGGAAUUCUGUUGGUUCAACCAAUUCCGCCUCUACUCCUCGGAACUCCCCUACUAAGCCGACCCUCAACCCCAAGGCCCGCCCGUUUUCACCCGUAACUGGAUCAAAGACUUCCGCUCGGAUCGUCGACCCUCCCGCCAAAAAAACCGGAACCGGAGUAACCCGUACCAUCAAGCAUACUCACGCCAAUCCACCAAAGCAGGAAGAUGCUACCAGCUUUGCCGUUGAGCGUCUAAACAACAUUCUCUCUUCCGACACUCUACUGCGCGAGAUGCUGAUGAAGAAAGGGCACAAAGUCUAUGACUUUUACGAUGUUGAUGAAGAUCUUACUGAGCCGGGCCAUGUGGAAUCCGGGAGGAGUGACAUGACGAACAACAUGGAGAAAACCAUGGCACACGUUGCCGAGAAGAUCCAGAAGGCUGAGCUCGAUAGCAAGAAGGAGGUUGUCUCUAACAGACGUGACGCCGAAGCUGCCAUCACUCCAACUUCUUCUGCCACCGUCCAAGAAGGCGUCAAUAACGAUGGCGUCAAAGACGACAUGAAGCGUCAUGAGGAACAUCACUCUCAGUCUGAGCCUGGACCCUCUCACACUCCUACGGGUCCGAAGAAGGCCAUAGAAAAACUGAUCAAUUUCGACGAGGACGUGGUCGUUGAUUCCUCAUCCAAGGUCCAACAGCAAUCCGGCCACACUGCCUUCGUAUCUUACCCCGUUAGUUCAAAGCCACAGCAGCCCACGCAAGCCACUCGGAAGAUUCUUGACCCCCUGAUUUGGAGCCAGUUUGAGAAAUUCCAGCUCUCCAUUACUGCCAAGAAACCAGAGGCGGAGAAGGAUGCUGCUGAUACUUCCGCAUCCGUUGCUGUGGGUAGCUGUGACCCUCAGGCUGACGAUGCGAAGAGAGAUCCGCCUCACCUGUCGGUUGGACGUGAUGUUCGCGAACCCGAUUCUCGUUCGUCUCGAGGUACCCGUACUACGACCGAAACGCGGCCUCGACAAGCCGAAAAGCCUCGAUCGGCAGGUUCCGCGCCAGGUUCCGCGUCAGGUUCUGAGAAAGGCGAACGGAUGGAGACGCGGCUUGCUUCGCGGCGGGCUCGGAACCCACCAAGUCUCCCCCAGAAGGGGCAGUCUCGCCACAACAAGCGCCCUUCAAGAGUCGAAUUGCCUCCCAACGACAUUGAUACUACCGUCUGGCGGUCGGCCCGGGCCAAAUCCCCGCCUACGAAGGUGAUGCCUCCUCGCGGAUUCUGGUGAGAGACGUGAAACGGAUUUCCGGGCUCCGGGACUUGUCUGCUCUCGUUCAUAGACACACCUUUUUAGCGCGGGGGUAUUUGCUAUUAAGUUGCAUCGUCCAUGGAUAUUGGGAUACUUCUGCGUUGAUUUGGAGGGAGCUGGUCUUGUGGAGGUUGCAGCAUACAUGAUACGAGGGGUUCUGUAGAACAGACUGGGAGAUGCACUAAUAAUGAAAGAACGAAUUGCAACUAUUAUAUGGCCAGCGCUAGUCAUGUUAAGAAUGAAGUUCAAAGGUCGC